AUGGAUCAAACAAAAGGGAAAGUUUGCGUAACGGGGGCUUCUGGCUUUUUUGCUUCUUGGCUCGUUAAGCGCCUUCUCUUGGCGGGCUAUCAAGUCACUGGAACAGUUAGAGAUCCAGAAAAUGAGAAGAAAUUAGUACAUUUGUGGAGGCUGGAAGGAGCAAAGGAGAGACUGCAAUUGGUGAGGGCCAAUUUAAUGGAAGAAGGCAGCUUUGAUGAAGCAAUUAAGGGAUGCCAUGGUGUCUUUCACACCGCUUCCCCUGUAAUCAAACCUUCAUUUGACCCCAAGGUAGAAAUCAUAGAACCAGCUGUGAAGGGGACACUGAAUGUGCUACGUUCAUGUGCGAAAAAUCCAUCUCUAAGGCGUGUGGUUCUCACCUCAUCUUCUUCAACAGUGAGAGCAAGAGAUGAUUUUGACCCCCAAAUCCCUCUUGAUGAGUCAUCUUGGAGCUCUGUCGACCUAUGCGAGAAACUCCAGAUAUGGUAUGCUCUAUCAAAAACUCUGGCUGAAAGGGCUGCAUGGGCAUUCUGUGAAGAGAAAGGGAUUGAUUUAGUCACAGUUCUACCUUCAUUCGUUAUUGGACCUAGUUUGCCUCCUGAUUUAAGUUCUACCGCAUCUGAUGUCCUUGGCUUACUAAAAGGAGCAACAGAGAAAUUUCAGUGGCAUGGCAGGAUGGGAUAUGUUCACAUAGAUGAUGUUGCCCUUUGCCACAUCCUUGUUUAUGAGCACAAAAGUUGUCGUGGGCGAUACCUUUGUAGCUCAACCGUGGUGGAUAACAAUGACUUGGCAUCCUUUUUGUCAUCACGUUAUCCAUGGCUUCCUUUGCCUCAAAGGUUUGAAGAACUAAACAGACCAUACUACGAGUUCAACACUUCAAAACUGACCACUUUGGGAUUCAAGUUCAAAUCUAUUGAAGAGAUGUUUGACGAUUGCAUUGCUUGGUUUGUGCAGCAAGGUUAUAUAGAUGGCAAAGAGCAAUCAUACAUAAACAAUGCUUGAAAUUGUACUUCAAUAUUUCUUUAGAUUGUCAAAUGAAUGAAGUACUAAUG